GCUAGGAAUUAAUAUUGUUAAUAUUGUUGUCAAUUUAGAUUGAUAACUUUGUGGUUACAGAUUCAAUGGAAGAGCCUGUGAAGUAGCACGACCGAUAAUUAUGACAACUGUUUUAAUGGCUACUCUUUCGAUCGCCUUUGGUGCAAUGCACGUCAUCGGGCAUGAACCAUUCGAAGUGAAAGUUCAAUUCGUGGGUCUCGAUAUUGGAUAUGGGGCUCAGCUUUAUCUAAGUGCUUGGGCAGCCGAAAAUCUCACAGCAGCGAUGAACGAUGUAAAAUGGUCUCUGUAUAAUUCCCCCUGGCUACAGAACACAAAAAAAACGAAUCAAAUAGUUAUUUUCGUCCUUCAAAAAUUGAAUAUUCUACCGAAAAUUUCAGUCUGUGGAUUCAUCCCAGAAUUAUCACUCAAUUAUUAUGCGGUGUAUUUAUCUAAGACAAUGUCGUUCUUCACAACUCUGCGGGUGAUGCUUCAAAAAAUGGAAGCGCCAACUGAACAAAAUCAGCUAAAAUAUCAUCAGUAAAAUAAAUCCAAUAAUCCAUCCUCCGAAGGAGAAAAUUAAGCGAAAGACAAACCAAUUGCACUUUCAUUUUAUUCCUUUUAUUUUGAACCCACUAGCUCAUGAUAAUGACUUGCAUCAACCCUAACUGAAUAAAUCCUGAAAAUUUCUCAUGUUGAAGUACAAUUGAACGUGCAUUUACAAUAAUUACCUCCCCUAAAUGCAGGUCUGCUAUUCUCACGAGUGAAACCCUCUCAACCCGACUCUGUGCGAACUCGACAACUGUCUAUGUGUCUAAUAAUUUAUUGACGAAUCGAGGUAUUUGAAGCCCUCGGAUGGUAAAUCCAUCAGCAUCAGUCCAUUAAAUGAUAACCGUCUCUUCAUCGGCAACCUCUACCGAAGAAAUUUCCUUAUCUCGCUGAUAUGGUAUAUUAAAUGAUGAUGCGGUAAUGGAUCGCCGAAAAUUACCAGAAUUAGCGAUAGCUUAUGUUAAAAUUGGUACAACAUUACUCUGCACUUGGCCGCUGACCUCUGGAGCUA